GCCCUUCUGCCACCCUGACGGGGCGUGGGGGGACAGGCUGCCGUGUCUCUCAAAGCGAGCAGCAAUUCAGGCCCUGGGGCAGCACCUCGCCGCUAUGAAAAGGGUGCCCGUGGAGCCGUGUGCGGGUGUUGGGCACCACUGAGCUAAUCCCGCUCCCUCCAAGAGCUGUGUGUCCUGGAUGGAGGAGCAAAGACAGGUAAAAAGCUUUCUCCGUGGUGCAGGUUGCCCAGCAGUUGGAUUCACAUAAUUAGAGGACGUCUGCAGUGCUUUGCACUUGGGACUGCUGCUCAAAGGACCCUUGUUCCUGCAGAAGGAUGGCCGCAAAGAGAAAGGAGGUGGUGCUGCAGGUUAACAUCAGUAGCCAGGAGCUUUGGGAAGAAAUACUGUGUCUCAAAGGACUCAUUGUUGUUGAUGCUUUUCAAGCCUGGUGCGGUCCAUGCAAAACAGUAGUGGAUCUUUUCCGAAAAAUAAGGAAUGAAGUUGGCAGCGAUCUCCUGCAUUUUGCUGUGGCUGAAGUUGAUUCCAUUGAUGCUCUGGAAAAAUACAGAGGAAAAUGCGAGCCUGUCUUUCUGUUUUAUGCAGGAGGAGAACUAGUAGCUGUUGUAAGAGGAGCGAACGCACCGUUGCUGCAGAAGACCAUCCUGGAGCAGCUGGCAGUGGAAAGGAAGGUUUUAGAACAUGGAGGAGAGCGUGUAGUGGUACAAGACCGAGCCUUCUCCCAGGAGGAGGGAAACAUGGCUGUUCUUCAGGAAGAACAACAGGAAGGCCAAAUAGGUAAGGCAGCCCAGCUGUAGGAUGCUCCCUGUGCCCUUUGAUAAAGCUGGAACCCUGAAUGACGCUUCAGCUGCUGCUGGGACGCCGGAGAGGCCAUUCCUGCAACCGGGCAUGACGUGGGCUCUUCCCCGGAUCUCUGACAGACCAGUAGAGGGGAUAGUUGUUACCUCAGACCAGUGUACGUAGCCACAAAUGAGAGACCAGGGUGGCUUGGGCGUCUGACAUCAUUAAACUGUAGAAUGUGUCCAUCCAACGUGUGGUUUAUUUUACAUUUACAUUUGUCUCCUAGCUCAGAAAUCCCACAGGGCU